GAUACGACAUUUCUUGAAAGGAAUUACGUCCAAUAACCCAUUGGGAGCAGGGGCAUUCACUGUGCGGAGCUGUAGCAGCUACAGACCUGCCUCGAGUGCCGACUGCGGCGUCGCCUUCACAACCACCUUUCCGACGACUCCUCGAUAUCACCCACAUCUGCAAACCUACAAUUGCGCAUCAAAAUGGCAGACGACACAAGAGAUAUCAAGCCCGAAGCUGUGGAUGCUGCGCUGGGCGACAUGAAGCUUGAGGAAGGCGGCUCACAAUAUGGGGAACUUGACACUGCGAAUGGCAAUUACGAAGAUUUUCCCACACCAGGCGGUGCCAAAAUGUCUCGAUCCACAACUCCUGCUGCCAAUAAGUCCGUAUCACAGUCGCCGAUCAAGAAGCAAAGUGCUAGCCAGACCCCCAGGUCUGAAGAUGAUGAGGGUCUGGAAGUAGUUGGCGGGGACAUUAUUGUGACCAGCGAACCUGGAAAAGCACGCAAACUUCAACGAAAAGGCACCCAGAAAAUACGUGCACGCACACCACUGCUGUUCGAUGCGUUGCCAGAUGCUACAGAGGAGGCUGUAUCUGUAUUUCAGGUAAUCAAGGAGUGCAUUUAUGGCUCUAAGUACAUGGGAUAUUCCGAGCAUGAUGCUCUGGAUUGCGAUUGCUCUGAGGAGUGGAGAGGCGGGAAGAAUCAUGCAUGCGGAGAGGAUUCGGACUGUAUCAACCGUGCGACCAAAAUGGAAUGCGUUGACGGAGAUUGCAAUUGUGGUGUAGGCUGCCAAAAUCAACGGUUCCAACGCAAACAAUUCGCUGAUGUCUCGGUCUUCAAAACGGAGAAAAAGGGCUACGGUCUGCGUGCAAAUGUCGACCUUCAUCCGGAUGAGUUCAUUUUCGAGUACAUCGGUGAAGUCGUCAAUGAGCCGACGUUUCGUCGGCGGACGGACCAGUAUAACAAAGAAGGUAUCAGGCACUUUUAUUUCAUGUCCCUCACAAAAAAUGAGUUCGUCGAUGCUACAAAAAAGGGCAACCUUGGACGGUUCUGCAAUCACUCUUGCAAUCCUAACUGCUACGUGGACAAAUGGGUUGUGGGGGAGAAGCUGCGCAUGGGCAUUUUUGCCCAGCGCCACGUCAAAGCUGGAGAGGAGUUGGUUUUCAACUACAAUGUGGACCGCUAUGGUGCCGACCCUCAACCCUGCUACUGCGGUGAGCAUAACUGUACCGGAUUUCUCGGAGGCAAGACACAGACCGAGCGUGCGACGAAAUUGUCUCAUGCGACAAUUGAAGCCCUCGGUAUUGACGAUGGUGACGGAUGGGAUACUGCUGUCGCUAAGAAGCCUCGAAAGAAGAAGACUGGUGAGGAUGACGAAGAAUAUGUCAACAACGUCCAGCCGAAAGGUCUUGAUGAGGAUGGUGUCCGGAAGGUCAUGGCCACUCUCAUGCAAUGCAAGGAGAAGUGGAUCGCUGUUAAACUCCUCAGUCGUCUUCAGCGCUGCAAUGACGAUAGGGUCCGCAACCGAGUCGUCCAGAUGCACGGCUACCAAAUUCUCCGAACCACCCUGACGACUUGGAAAGACGACAACAAUGUCAUCCUGCAGGUUCUAGAUAUCCUGUACAAGCUCCCCCGGGUCACUCGUAAUAAAAUCAUCGAUUCGAAAAUCGAAGCGACCAUUGAGACGCUGAAGAGUUCCGAGCACGAAGAUGUCGCUUUUGAAGCUAAGCGGUUAUUGGACGACUGGAGCAAGCUUGAGGUUGCAUAUCGAAUACCCAGGAAGAAGUUUGACCCCAAUGCAGUGUCUGUAUUCGAACGUCGGAAUACAGACCGAGCAGAGGAAAUCACCAGAUCCCCAACGCCAGCAGCCAUUGUUGCACCGACUGGACCCCGCAACGCACUUCCACAAAGAACUUUCGUCCCAUCACGAGCCCCUGUAAGGCGAAAUUUUAAUGCUCUCCCUCCUGGAUGGUUUACUGCCACGGACCAAAAUGGCCAUCUAUAUUACUAUAGCAAAACCAAUCAAACAACCUGGCACAGGCCAACACUUCCUGCAGUAGAUCCUCCACCGCCAAAAGUUCCUCCAAAAUCUGUGCAGACUGCCAAGGUCUUACAGAAUAUUAUUGACUCCAUCACAAAACCUGACCCCAGCUCUCAGACUCCUCAAUCAGCGCCAACAGCCGACUCAACUCCGAAAGAGAAGAAGACUCCCUCUGAAAAAUGGCGUUCGCUAUCUAAGGAAAAACAGAUGAAGCUGUACGAAAACACCCUAUUCCCGCACAUCAAAUACGUAAUGCAAAAAUUUACGAAACAGCUUCCCAGAGACGACCUGAAGAAAUUCGCCAAGGAAGUCGGCAAGAAACUCGUCGCCUCGGACUUCAAAAACAAUCGAGUCGAGGACCCUACCAAGAUCUCAGACAAGCAAGAGAAGAAAGUCAAGCAAUACGUCCGAACUUUCUUCGAAAAAGCAGUCGAGAAGAAAAAGGCAAUGGACAAGAAGAAGAAAGAAAAGGAGGCCCUGAAGCUCGCCAAUGGAGGACCGAGUAACGGCGUCUCUAAAUCAUUCGAGGAGUCGAAGACAGAGGUAAAAGAGGAAGCAGACGAUACCAUGGAACUGACGCCCAAUACACCUGUCGACAUGACCGCAUCGCCUCACCCUUCGAUAUCCGCUACUCCCUCCUUUUCGGACCUAAAACGCAAACGCGAAGAUACCGAAUCCGAGCUUACUCCCGGUGGAAUGGACGGUGCUGAGUCCAACAAGAGACUCAAAGAGGAAGACGCAACUCCACCACCGCCUCCUCCGCCGCCACCGGCCGAAUCUCCAGGCAUGGAAAUCGAGGUCGAGGAAACGGAAGAGGAGAAAGAGCUAAGGAGACAGGAAGAGGAUCUCAUGCGAGAGAACGAAGAGGCUCUGAUGAUGGACAUGGAUGGUAGUCUACCAAGUACCGAGGUGAAAACUACGGUUAAUGGCCUGAGUACGGCUGCAGACCCCGUGUCAGUGAACGGGAACGGGAAUGGUGUUACUCACGAAACGAACCUGCCGAGGAGACGAUGACGCUGAAGGUGAGGUGGAUGGAGAAAGAAAGAAAGGAAAAAAAGUGUAUCUCUGUACUUCUUAUGUAUCAUACAACGACACGAGGGAUCAAUCAUCAUCAUCAUCAUAUUAGCAGCAUUGGGCGUCGGUUUUUGCUUCGUCUUUUUUAGCAAGCAUGGACGGACGGUACGGUUGGUGGGCUGGCGGGCUACUUUGCUUUGCUUGCAUUUUGCAUGAUGAUGGGUUGAUAGGAAAGAGAGCACGAAGGGGAUGAGCAGAUAGUAAUGCGAUAAUGCUAUGCGAUGAAACAAUAAA